ACCCUCGCCUCGGGCCAGUUCGAGUUCGAGCUCGUGUCCAUGCAGAACGUGCACGGGGAGCUGCAGAGCGGCCACUGCUGCGACGGGGCGCGCAGCCCGGCCGACCGGCGCUGCAGCCGCGACGAGUGCGACACGUACUUCAAGGUGUGCCUGAAGGAGUACCAGUCCCGCGUCUCGGCCGGGGGCCCCUGCAGCUUUGGCGCCGGAUCGACCCCCGUCGUCGGGGGGAAUACCUUCAGCUUGAAACACACCCGGAAUAAGGACCGCAGCCGGAUCGUCCUGCCCUUCAGCUUUGCCUGGCCGAGAUCCUACACGUUGCUGGUGGAAGCCUGGGAUUACAAUAACGACAGUAUUAACGGCGAUAACAUUAUCGAAAAAGCUUCCCACUCUGGUAUGAUCAACCCCAGCCGGCAGUGGCAGACUUUGAAGCAAAAUGCGGGCGUUGCUCACUUCGAGUACCAGAUCCGGGUUACUUGCGACGAGCAUUACUACGGCUUUGGCUGCAACAAGUUUUGCCGACCGCGAGAUGACUUCUUCGGGCACUACACCUGCGAUCAGAACGGCAACAAGACCUGCCUGGAAGGCUGGAUGGGUCUGGAAUGUAACAAAGCCAUCUGUCGUCAGGGUUGUAGCCCCAAACACGGGUCUUGCAAAGUUCCUGGAGAGUGCAGGUGCCAGUAUGGUUGGCAAGGCCAGUACUGUGAUAAGUGCAUUCCUCACCCGGGCUGCGUCCACGGCACUUGCCACGAACCGUGGCAGUGCCUCUGCGAAACCAACUGGGGUGGCCAGUUCUGCAAUAAAGAUCUGAACUAUUGUGGGACUCACCCGCCGUGUUUGAACGGAGGUACCUGCAGCAACACCGGCCCUGACAAAUAUCAGUGUUCCUGCCCAGAGGGCUACUCAGGACAGAACUGCGAAAUCGCGGAGCACGCCUGCCUGUCGGACCCUUGCCACAAUGGAGGAAGCUGCUUUGAAACUUCGGCAGGAUUUGAGUGUGUCUGUGCUCCGGGAUGGGCAGCACCAACAUGCACCCUUAAUAUUGAUGACUGUUCUCCAAACCCCUGUGGCCACGGAGGGACUUGUCAGGAUCUGGUUGAUGGCUUUAAGUGUAUGUGCCCACCUCAGUGGUCUGGCAAAACGUGUCAGAUAGAUGCCAAUGAAUGUGAGGGGAAACCUUGUCUCAACGCCAACUCCUGCAGGAACCUGAUUGGCAGCUACUACUGCGACUGCGUCGCUGGCUGGUCUGGCCAGAACUGUGAGAUAAAUAUUGAUGACUGUCUUGGAAAAUGUCAAAAUGGAGGGACUUGUCGGGACUUGGUUAAUGGUUACCGGUGUGUCUGCCCAGCCGGCUACGCAGGGGACAAUUGUGAGAAGGACAUCGAUGAAUGUGCCAGUAACCCUUGCUUGAACGGGGGCCGCUGCCAAGACGAGAUCAAUGGAUUCCAAUGUCUCUGUCUUGCUGGAUUCUCAGGGAAUGUCUGUCAGUUGGACAUAGAUUAUUGUGAACCCAAUCCUUGCCAGAACGGGGCCCAGUGCUUCAACUAUGAGAACGACUACUUCUGCAGCAACUGUCCUGAAGAUUAUGAAGGGAAGAACUGUUCACACCUGAAAGAUCACUGCCGUUCCACUCCUUGCGAAGUCAUCGACAGCUGUACGGUCGCGGUGGCUUCCAACAGCACGCCGGAAGGGGUCCGCUACAUCUCUUCGAAUGUCUGCGGCCCGCACGGCAAGUGCAAGAGCCAGGCCGGGGGCAAGUUCACGUGCGAAUGCGACAAAGGCUUUACUGGCACCUACUGUCACGAAAACAUCAAUGACUGUGAGAGCAACCCGUGUAGAAAUGGAGGGACGUGUAUUGAUGGCAUCAACUCCUACAAAUGCAUUUGUAGCGACGGCUGGGAAGGCACUUUUUGUGAAGCGAAUAUUAAUGACUGCAGUAAAAAUCCUUGCCACAACGGAGGGACUUGUCGAGACUUGGUCAACGACUUUUUCUGCGAAUGUAAAAACGGCUGGAAAGGGAAAACCUGCCAUUCGCGCGACAGUCAGUGUGACGAAGCCACGUGCAACAAUGGAGGGACCUGCUACGAUGAAGGGGACGCCUUCAAGUGCAUGUGUCCCACAGGGUGGGAAGGAGCCACCUGCAACAUCGCGAGGAACAGCAGCUGCCUGCCCAACCCCUGUCACAACGGCGGGACUUGUGUCGUCAGUGGAGAUUCCUUCACGUGCGUCUGCAAAGAGGGCUGGGAAGGGCCCACCUGCACUCAGAAUACAAACGACUGCAGCCCGCACCCUUGCUAUAAUAGUGGGACCUGCGUGGAUGGCGACAAUUGGUACCGAUGUGAAUGUGCGCCAGGAUUUGCAGGCCCAGACUGCAGGAUAAAUAUAAAUGAGUGCCAGUCCUCACCCUGUGCUUUCGGAUCCACGUGUGUAGAUGAAAUCAACGGAUACCGUUGCAUCUGUCCACCUGGUCGCAGUGGUCCGAGAUGCCAAGAAGUUUCAGGAAGGUCUUGCAUUGCUAGUGGCCAUACCGUUCUGGAUGGAUCUAAAUGGGAUGAUGAAUGCAACAGCUGUCAGUGUUUGAACGGAAAGGUCACCUGUUCUAAGGUCUGGUGUGGUCCGAAGCCGUGUCUGAUAAAUGCCAAAGGCCACAGUGAAUGUCCCACGGGACACACCUGCGUCCCUAUUAAGGACGACCACUGUUUUGUGCGUCCGUGCCACAACGUGGGUGAGUGCUGGCUUUCCAGUCAACAGCCGGGAAAGAAAACGUGCAGCUCUGACUCGUACUAUCAGGAUAAUUGUGCUAACAUCACGUUCACCUUUAACAAAGAGAUGAUGAAUCCGGGUCUUAGUACGGAGCAUAUCUGUAGUGAGCUGAGGAAUCUGAGCAUCUUGAAGAAUGUUUCCGUUGAGUAUUCCAUCUACAUCACCUGUGAACUAUCACCCCUGGCAAACAAUGAAAUCCAUGUUGCAAUUUCUGCUGAAGAUAUCCAGGAGGAAGAGAACCCAAUAAAAGAAAUAACCGAGAAAAUUAUCGAUCUUGUUAGCAAGCGUGACAGGAAUAGCACACUUUUUGCGGCAGUUGCAGAAGUCCGGGUACAGAAGAGGCCAGUAAAAAGCAAAACGGAUUUCUUGGUGCCGUUGCUGAGUUCCGUGCUGACGGUGGCGUGGGUCUGCUGCCUGGUCACCGCUUUUUACUGGUGCCUCCGGAAGCGGCGGAAGCAGAGCGCCCACGCCCACACGCCUUCGGAUGACAACACCACCAACAACGUGCGGGAGCAGCUGAACCAGAUCAAGAACCCCAUCGAGAAGCACAGCGCCAGCGCCGUCCCCAUCAAAGACUAUGAGAACAAGAACUCAAAAAUUGCCAAAAUAAGGACACACAACUCCGAGGUGGAGGAGGACGACAUGGACAAACACCAGCAGAAGACCCGGUUUGCGAAACAAGCGGCGUACACGCUGGUCGACAGAGACGAAAAGCCCCCCAACGGCACGCCCACAAAACACCCGAACUGGACAAACAAACAGGACAACCGGGACUUGGAAAGUGCACAAAGCCUAAACCGGAUGGAGUACAUUGUAUAG